ACACCACCGACCGUCUGUUGUUUAGACGAAAGCAAGCCAACAUGUCGGAGUACAAAUCUGUCCAGAAAGGGUCUUUAAACCUGAAAGGUGUUUCUUUAGCAAGUAAAAAGAAAAAGAAGAAGGACAAGGAAAGGAAACGUUUAGAGGAGCAGGCUAUGACCUUAGAGGAGCAGGCUAUGACCAGUCAAAAUGAAAACGGAACUAAGAAAGUUUAUGUUGACAAAAGGACGCCAGCACAGAUGUCAUUCGACAAAAUACAAGAAAAAAGGCAAAUGGAAAGAAUUUUGAAGAAGGCCUCCAAAACACACAAGAGAAGAGUUGAGGAUUUCAACCGACACCUGGACUCACUGACAGAGCAUUAUGACAUUCCCAAAGUCAGCUGGACUAAAUAAAUGUCAAUGGCUUUUCAGCUGGAUGCUUUUAGAGCAAAAACACCUGCUUUAAUGCUAAUUUUCUAACAAUGAGUAUUGAAAAAAAAUUCCAGAGUGAUUUUAACAUGUAGCUGUUAUACUCUGUGAUAGAUUUUUCUUUUUAAUUUCAAUUUUCAGACCACUGUAUGUUCAAAAGUUUAAUUUUCCUGCAAUUGCUCAGUAAGGUCACUUGUCUGCCUGCAGUGAUCAUUAACUUUUGGUUAAACUAUU